AUCCUCUUCACCAUCCUAUCCUUUCAUUCAUCUUCCCGGCUGCGCUUUUUAACCUGGCUCACCUUCUACACACGGAAAUCGUCUCCCACAGCUAAGUCUUUUCAUCUCUCUCUUUCUGUCUUGCUCCUCUUAUUCGCCUUCAUCUUCCUUGAUUCUUGAUUUCUGUCAGUUUCCAAACUCGCGUCUUUGUAAUCCGAUCUCCUGGAGAUCAAGGGUUUCCGGCUUCCUAACCGCAGUUGAUUUGGUCUUACUUGUGGUUUGAGAGGAAUAACCUCAAUGUUUUCGAAAUUUCUAUGAUCUCUGCCAACCCCAUGCGUCGAAUUCGUCUGCUGCACUCCUUCUCGGUUGUGUUUUUAUACUGGUUCUAUGUUUUCUCAUGAACGAUUACUUCUAUGUAACUGGUUGAUCUAUAUAGUGCUCUAACCAUUAGAUUGUCAAUCCUAUUUCCUUCAUUUUUAACCAUCAUCCGAUCAAAUUUGUCAUUACCGGGUCAUAAGACGAUGGCCUCGAUUCAACGCACUGCAAGCUCGGGAUCCGAAGGGGUAGACCCGCGAUAUAGCGACUUUGAUGAGAGAAAGAGAAAGAGGAUGCUGUCCAACCGUGAGUCGGCACGACGAUCCCGGAUGAAGAAGCAAAAGCAACUCGAAGAUCUUGCAAGCGAAAUCGGCCGACUAAAAAAUGAAAACAGUCAGCUGUUUCAGAGCAUAAAGGCCAAGGAGGAAGCAUACGCUGAGAUCGAAUCCGUUAACAAUGUCUUGAGGGCUCAGACUAAGGAGCUGACCGAUCGAUUGCGUUUUCUCAACUCGAUCCUUGAGAUUGCUGAAGAGGUCUGUGGGCUUUCUGUUGAAAUCCCUGAGAUACCGGAUGCUCUCUUGAACCCAUGGCAGCUUCCCCUUCCAAUGCAGUCGAUCAUGGCGUCCGCGGUCGACAUGAUAAUGCAUUGAUGUUAUGCAAGCCUUUUUUAUUAUUGGCACAUCCCCUGCUCCGUCCUUCCUGGUAUGGUGGAUUUUAGUUCAGUUAAACUAUGUGUAAUGAGUCUGUUAGUUUUCUCUGUUGCGUAUCCAAUAUCCUUUAUUGUUUGUUUUCAAAUAACGUGGGUGUUUCUGUCAGACUUGAGCAGUUCGUGGUUAUGUAGAUUGUAUUAUUGAAUGAAGUGCUUUUGUGUUUGUGUCUUCUAA